AUGUAUGGAAGAUCAAGAGGCUAUGGUGGUUAUCGUAGUGGAUAUGGCUCAUCACCAUAUGAGUAUGGCUCAUCGUCGUCUUAUGGAAGAACUGGGUCAAGCAGCAAUAAGUACAAUAAACAGACCUACCCCAAAUCACUGCAGCAACAACAACAGCAAGGAGCUCCAACAUACAAACAAACAAGCUAUAAACCACAGUAUGCUAAACAAACAUAUUCGCAAACUCCAAGUUCACAACAAUAUGCACAAGCAGACAGAGGAAAGAGCAAGAACUACAAGCCAACCACUCCAUCUAAUCAAUAUAAGAAAAAGACUGUCAACAAAACUGUCAACGUCAACCAACAACCAAGAAGAAGUAGACGGGGAUUAGGUGGGUUUAGAAGUAUGUGGCACAUUCCGAUGAUAUUUAUGUUUUGGCGUGGAUUUUCAAGAAAUCGUCACCAACCACAACCACAACCUCAACCUCAACCCCAACAGAACGAGCCAAUCAAUAUCACCAAUAUGAAUUAUCCUUCUUCCCCUGAGAAUACUACUGCUCCUGUUCAACAUUCUCAACCGGGCACCAACAAUACAGAAGAGAGUUUACCAAGGUCUUCACAAAUCAUCAAACCCGAACAGGAUGAAACCCAAUCAGUUUCAUCAUACCAUAGUGCUGAAGAAGAGAAGAAGGUUGACUCGUAUGACAACAAUAAGGUUCCACAAGUACCCACACAGGACUAA